CCCGACUUUUCUUCUGCACGGUUGUUCUGACAGCGAGGGAUAAACCCAACCUUCCUGAGCUGUACAACUGACAGCUCUUUCCCCCUCCUUCAUGCACUUCGGUGUUUUCAAAGUUUCCGGGCUUGCUUUGGAGCAUUCCUUUGCCUUUGAGGAGUUGACUGUGUGGGAGUCUUUGGGGCAAGGGUUGAACUGUGUAAUCAGACACCAAAUCCACAGGAAAGGAGAAAAACUGUGCGCACCGGUUCAUCAAGGUCAGCACUAUGACUGAUGGGGACUAUGACUAUCUGAUCAAACUCCUGGCCCUUGGGGAUUCUGGGGUUGGGAAGACAACCUUCCUGUACAGAUAUACCGACAACAAGUUCAACCCGAAGUUCAUCACAACAGUAGGAAUUGACUUCCGGGAAAAGCGUGUGGCAUACAGCAGCCGGGGGUCAAAUGGAUCUCCUGGGAAAGCCUUUAAGGUCCAUCUGCAGCUCUGGGACACAGCUGGGCAAGAAAGAUUCAGAAGUCUCACAACAGCAUUUUUCAGAGAUGCCAUGGGCUUCUUGCUAAUGUUUGAUCUCACCAGUCAGCAGAGCUUCUUAAAUGUCAGGAACUGGAUGAGUCAACUACAAGCAAAUGCAUAUUGUGAGAACCCAGACAUAGUAUUAAUCGGAAAUAAAGCCGACUUGUCAGAUCAGAGAGAGGUUAAUGAAAGACAGGCAAAAGACCUUGCAGACAAAUAUGGCAUCCCAUACUUUGAAACAAGUGCAGCUACUGGCCAGAAUGUGGACAAGGCAGUGGAAACGCUGUUGGACUUGAUAAUGAAGCGCAUGGAACAGUGUGUGGACAAGACCCAAGCCUCGGACACGGCCAACGGUGGGAACUCGGGGAAGCUGGCUUCCAAAAAAUCGGAGGAGAAGAAGUGUGCUUGUUGAUCUGGCCACUCAGGCUGAGGAAAACCAAUGAGAAAUGGUCUAAUCAGAAAAUGGCAGACUAACCAGCUACUAAAUUCUCUCCUUGGAAGCUCCCGGGGGCCACAUGAGACAGCUCUUGUCAUAAGCAGGCUUGGCCUUCUUUGAUGCUGAGAGCAUCACACUUCUGUGCUUGACAGAUGCUCCCAUACAGUGCCAUCUCCAUAGAAAACCCAAAGGCCCUCAUCUUCUCAAUACAAUUAGGCUAGUAAAUAGAGGAAAGACUGACUGGUUUUGGGGAGAGGAUUGUUGAAACUUUAGGAGAUAGUUUUAUGAUAAGACAAAGGGUUACCCUUUAGACUUGUGCCAUCACUUUGAAUCCUGUUGCCUUUUAUUACACUGUACAUUAUGCAUUUGCUAAAGACAGUUUAUAAAAAGAAAGAAAAGGAUAUUUAA